AUGGAUUCGCCGUCGUCGUUAUCGCGACUGAGAAUAGAUCAGACGUUGUCACCGCCGCAGUCGGUGGCUGAAGGCGGCGUACCAUUGACGAGCUCACCAUCCAAGUUUAGUCUAUUUUUGAAGAACAAGCAAGUGACUGAUACGAUGGCUCUAGUGGCAGACUUAUGCCGACAAUUCUACACAAUGGGUUGGGUUUCAGGUACUGGAGGAGCUAUGUCUGUCAAUUUGCGCCACCUCGGCCUCAUCGUCAUCACCCCUUCUGGGGUUCAAAAGGAGAGAAUGACAGCAGAGGACAUGUUUGUGGUGUCUUCUGACGGCUCUGAUUUGUUAACACCUACUUUUAAGCCAUAUCCUCACAAGCCUCCAAAGCCUAGUGACUGUGCUCCUCUGUUCAUGAAGAUUUAUGAGAUGCGCAAUGCUGGUGCUAUUAUACAUAGUCAUGCAAUAGAGGCUUGUCUUGUAUCUGUGAUCAAGCCUUUGUCUAGAGAUUUUCGAAUCAGUCAUAUGGAAAUGAUAAAAGGAAUUGAAGGACAUGGGUAUUGUGAUGAACUUAUCAUUCCAAUAAUUGAGAAUGCCGAACACGAGAGAGCGCUGAUAAAUUCUAUAACUGAAGCGCUCGAAGCAUACCCUAGAACAACUGCAGUGCUAGUACGCAAUCAUGGAGUUUUCAUAUGGGGAGAGUCAUGGAUUAAGGCCAAGACGCAGGCUGAGUGUUAUCAUUAUCUAUUUGAUGCCGCAAUCAAGCUUCAUCAGUUGGGGCAGAACUGGUCUACGCCAAGGAAUGGCCCCAUCGAAAGAUCAUCAAUAUCAUAGAUAGUAUCAGAUGCGAGAUUCUGCAUUGAGAUUUGAGCAUAUGGGUUUUAAAAUGUUGAUGCUUUUUAAUCUGAAAAUCAUCGAACCAAUUAUGUAGAUGGUGUUUUUUUUUUUUUCCUUUCCAGUUGUCAACUUUGAGCAAUUAUCAUGUUAAAAAGUAACUAGGCUUGGAUUAGCUUCAGCACUGGA